AUGUUGAUCGAAGAAUGGCCAGUUGAAUUAUGGCUCGAACUGUUUGUUUAUAUGUCAACAUUUGAUCUGGUCAUCAGUUGGUUUAAUCUAAACAUUCGUUUGAAUCGUAUGAUCGAACGUGCACUUUUACUAGGUCUUCAUCAGUUCGAUCUUGAUGAAAUCUGGACACAUGAAACCUUUAUGAAUUGUGUUGAACAUGUGUAUCCACGUUUAGCUCCUUAUGUAAGCAAGAUCAUCUUGCGUGAUACAUUCGCCACUGCACGUCUAGUAGCAAAAUCUAGUUAUUUUCUUCCUCUUUGCCUCAAUGUACGUCGAUUAAUACUCUGUGAAAAUGUUAUUUCAUUUUUUCCAUUCAGUCACCAUAUAAAUAUAUUCAAAGAGUCAUCAUUAUUACACGAACUGAUCAUCGAAUUUGGCCUUCAUGGAAGUAAUUACUAUUCGAAUACACUUGAAAAAAUGCUCAAAAACAAUAUUUCAUUCCAUACUAUGCGAUUCAAUGUUAUUGACAAUGCUUCUCCCUAUCUCGGCACAAAUUUGAACAUUUUACAUUUUCAUCUCGGAGAUGAUCAUGGAAUAUGUCUUGCUAAUACUGUAUGUUUGACAUUAUUAGUGCAACGAUGGUCAAAUUUAAUUAUGCUUAUACAAGAUGGUUGUUUACCCUUACUUGAAGAACUCGAUGUUACAAUCGAGCAACGACCUUCAUAUAAUGAACAAGAAAACGAUGAUGAUCGACUUCAUUCAGUUAAUCUUUUCAAAUUACGAUCACUUCGUUUAUGUGAUGUUACAUUAAAUAAUGUACGUGAUCUUCUUCGUUAUGUACCGUCAUUAUCUUUCAAACUCGAUACACUUUCAUUGGUUCGUGUACGAGUAGAUGAUAAUGAUAACAUCACUAGUCUUCAUCAUCUUGUUGACUUUAAAAAUUUACUAAUCAAUCGUUUAUCUGCUCAAUUAUGUCGUUUGCAGCUUAUUCUCUACAUUAUAUCCGAUGAUACUUUUUGCAAACAUGCACUUGAUGUAUUUAACGUUGUUGAUGACAUUUGGCCAUGGCCUCAUAUGCAUCAUCAAACAGAAGAGUACAUUGAUAACCAAAAUUCUAAACCAAUUGACGUCUUGUACAUGAGUUAUCCCAUCUCAUGGUACUCUUGUCAACGACGACGACUUAACGACCAAACGAGUGUACAUCAUCUUCGUUGGUCUUUUCAAGGUGUACCACCAAGACGUAUCUGUUGGACUUUAGAAAAUGAAGAUGAAAUGAGCAGUACCAAAGCUACUACAAAUGAUAUAUAUACAUGUUUGAAUACUCUCGUUAAUGUCAAUUCACUUAGUUGGUUCAUUAGUUUAAAUCCUGGUUCAAUCUUGGCUCAUCUUCAACAAAAGCCAAGCAUCUUUCCUCGAUGGCAUAAUAUGCAUGAUGUCACUCUCCAAUUCACCAAUCAAUAUCUAUUGCCUUCUCAUCGUGUUGGAAUUCUUGAUAAUAUCUUGCAAAGUGCUUGUUAUCUCACAAGUUUGACUGCUCAUUGGUCGGAUGUGCUUAAUGUAGCCAAGAAUAAUAUUAGAAAAUAUCCUACUGUCAAACGUCUUCACUUAUUGUUAUCAUUCGGACGAGAUUGGCAUGAUGAUGUUGAUGUCGAUGUAAUGGUGCUACUAGAUCCUUCGGUGAUUGCUCAUCUAUUUCCUUGUCUACGUCAGCUAAGCACAUCUGGUGAUUUACCUCGUGGUCGUAUUCGUUUGACAUCAUUAGAUCCUCUUGUUUCACUCGUACUUUCUUUAAUUGCACAUCUUUCACCUCAUUUAACAUUUCUGUAUCUUAACAAAUGUGAAACAUCAUUGUCAAGACUUGUUUCUUUGUCUAAAGAUAAGCAGAAAUAUGUUUGUGAUGUUUUAAAAAUGAAAAUAUCAUCUGCUGCUCGCAUUACAAUCACUGAUGGUGAUAGAUUGAAAAUUUGGUUGUAA